UGAGGCGCGUGGGGCUAGCGGUUGUAUCCGGGUUGGCUGAUGGGUCGGAGCCGGGAGUCUCGCUCGCUGUCUCGUUCAUCUUCUCGCUCGCGCUCCCCGGAUUCCAGAAGCCGGAGGCGGCGGCGGAGCAGGAGCCGGAGCCGGAGCCGGAGUCGCGAUGGACGGCGACGACGAGAGAACAGCGAGGGGAGAAAGAGGCGGCGGCGGCGGCGGAGCCGGAGCCGGGAGCGGAGAGCGGGAUCAGAUUCUGAAGAGGAGCGACAUAGGAGGAAAUCAAAGAAAUAUCAGACCUCUGAAAGGGACCGCAGAAGCCCAAGAAGAUCUCGACCCCAAUCUCGGGAGCCUUCCCAGUCAGAUUCUGGAAGUGAGCCAAGGAGGGGUCACAGGAGUAGACACAGGAGGAGACGCCAUGAUUCUAGAUCAUCCACCUCUUCGGUGUCUUCUCCAUCACCUUCACCGCCCCGCUCUCAGAGCCCUCAAGAGGCCCUGGACAAGAAACUGAGCCUCCAGGAGCGACGGAGGCUGAAGGAAGAGAAAAAGCAGCAAGAAGAGUUGAUGAAGGCCUUUGAGACACCUGAGGAGAAACGAGCCCGGAGACUGGCAAAGAAGGAGGCCAAAGAACGGAAGAAGAGAGAAAAGAUGGGCUGGGGUGAAGAGUACAUGGGCUACACCAAUACUGACAAUCCCUUUGGAGACAACAAUCUGCUGGGAACCUUCAUAUGGAACAAGGCACUAGAGAAGAAGGGUAUCAGCCACCUGGAAGAGAAGGAGCUGAAGGAGAGAAACAAGAGAAUCCAGGAAGACAAUCGACUAGAAUUGCAGAAGGUGAAGCAGCUGCGCUUAGAGCGAGAGAGGGAGAAAGCCAUGCGGGAGCAAGAGCUGGAGAUGCUGCAGAGGGAGAAGGAGGCAGAGCACUUCAAAACGUGGGAGGAACAGGAAGACAACUUCCACCUUCAACAAGCCAAACUUCGUUCUAAAAUCCGCAUAAGGGAUGGCCGGGCGAAGCCCAUCGAUCUCCUGGCCAAGUACAUCAGUGCAGAGGACGAUGACCUGGCUGUGGAGAUGCAUGAGCCCUACACCUUCCUCAAUGGCCUCACAGUGUCAGACAUGGAAGACCUUCUGGAGGACAUACAGGUUUACAUGGAAUUGGAACAGGGCAAGAAUGUAGAUUUCUGGAGAGAUAUGACUAUCAUUACAGAGGAUGAGAUCUCCAAACUCCGCAAGCUUGAGGCAUCUGGAAAGGGGCCAGGAGAGCGUCGAGAAGGUGUGAAUGCCUCUGUUAGUUCUGAUGUACAGUCGGUAUUCAAAGGAAAGACCUACAAUCAGCUCCAAGUGAUCUUCCAAGGCAUCGAGGGCAAGAUCCGGGCAGGGGGGCCCAACCUGGAUAUUGGCUACUGGGAGAGCCUGUUGCAGCAGCUCAAGGCUCACAUGGCCAGAGCCAGGCUCCGUGAGCGUCACCAGGAUGUACUGCGGCAGAAAUUGUACAAGCUGAAACAGGAGCAAGGCGUGGAGAGCGAGCCCCUCUUCCCCAUCCUCAAGAAGGAGCCAUCAUCUCCUAGUGAAAGGUCAGAGCCUGAAGAACGAGGUCAGACCCAAGCAGGGCCUUCCACCUCAGGCGCCUCUGAGGAGCCAGAAGCUGAAGGCGAGACCAGAGCCGAAGGGGAAGGCGAGGGCGACGGGGAGGGCGAGGGGGAAGCAGUGCUGAUGGAGGAAGACUUGAUCCAGCAGAGCCUGGAUGACUACGAUGCGGGCAAGUACAGCCCCAGGCUGCUCACCACCCACGAGCUGCCCUUUGAUGCCCAUGUGGUGGAAUCAGAAGAGGACCUUCAGCGCCUGCUGCUUUCUCGGCAACAGCUGCAGGUCACAGGAGACGCGAGUGAGAGCGCAGAAGACAUCUUCUUCCGCCGGGCCAAGGAGGGCAUGGGUGCAGACGAGGCCCAGUUCAGUGUGGAGAUGCCCCUCACAGGCAAGGCCUAUCUGUGGGCGGACAAAUACCGGCCCCGCAAGCCUCGCUUCUUCAACCGUGUCCACACAGGCUUUGAGUGGAACAAAUACAACCAGACCCACUAUGACUUUGAUAACCCCCCACCAAAGAUUGUGCAGGGCUACAAGUUCAACAUCUUUUACCCAGACCUGAUAGACAAGCGCUCCACACCCGAGUACUUCCUCGAGGCGUGCCAGGACAACAAGGACUUUGCUAUCCUGCGUUUCCAUGCCGGACCUCCCUACGAGGACAUUGCCUUCAAGAUCGUCAAUCGGGAGUGGGAGUAUUCACAUCGCCACGGCUUCCGCUGUCAGUUUGCCAAUGGCAUCUUCCAGCUUUGGUUCCACUUCAAGCGCUACCGCUACCGGCGGUAGGGGCGCUCCUGACCCCAAACCGUGGCCUCUGAAAGAGGCCAGAGACAGACAGACGGACACGUCCUCUCUGUUGAACCUCCCCUGAGGAGUCGCCCCUCAGUUGCUGUUCUCCAGUCUCUUUUUGUUCCUAGGGUGGAACACAAGGGUAUACAUUCUUUGCCCUGUGCGCCUUCCUUUUUGAAAUCCUCCUCUGUCCCUAAGCCCAGUAGCAGAGUUUCUUCAGGACUACUUUCAGUUCAAUAAAAGCAAUUUUGGAGUAAA